UGGUCAUCUACUUCAUCGACGCCUCUAACAUGGACGGCGUAGAGCACUGCCAGCCGUGGAGUAGCAACACCACGCAGCAGAUCGACCUCGCUUUCAAUAUCUUCUUCAUGGUCUACUUCUUUAUUCGCUUCAUCGCGGCCAGCGACAAGUUUUGGUUCAUGCUCGAGAUGUAUUCUUUUGUGGAUUACUUCACGAUACCUCCGUCCUUCGUCAGCAUUUAUCUCAACAGGACCUGGAUCGACAGCUGCAAGACGGUCGUCGGACGAACCUUCCUCGUAUUCUUCUUGCUCGUCGGCCUGGCCAUAUUCGCAAGCUGUAUCCCUGAAAUAAUAGAUCUGGUUGGCACUAGAUCAAAGUACGCUGGAACACUGAAGAACGAGAGAGGGCGAAGACACAUCGUCGUGUGCGGACACAUCACAUAUGAGUCGGUCAGCCAUUUCCUCAAAGACUUCCUCCACGAAGACAGGGAAGAUGUCGACGUUGAAGUGGUCUUUUUGCACAGAAAGCGCCCGGAUCUGGAGUUAGAAGGCUUAUUUAAACGGCACUUCACUACGGUUGAGUUCUUCCAGGGCUCCAUAAUGAGUCCCAUUGACCUGCAGAGAGUAAAGGUGCACGAGGCAGACGCGUGUCUCGUGCUGGCCAAUAAAUACUGCCAGGACCCUGACGCUGAGGACGCUGCUAACAUAAUGAGGGUUAUAUCCAUCAAAAAUUAUUCCGAUGAUAUCAGAGUCAUCAUUCAACUCAUGCAGUAUCACAAUAAGGCUUACCUGCUGAACAUUCCUUCCUGGGAUUGGAAGCGCGGCGACGACGUGAUUUGUCUGGCGGAACUCAAGCUUGGUUUCAUCGCACAGUCCUGCCUCGCUCCAGGCUUCUCCACCAUGAUGGCUAACCUCUUCGCUAUGAGAUCAUACAAAACGUCGCCGGACAUGCAGGCGUGGCAGAACGAUUACCUGUGCGGCACAGGCUGCGAGAUGUACACUGAGACGCUCGCGCCCAGCUUUGUUGACAUGACAUUCCCUCAGGCGUCCGAGCUGUGUUUUGCGAAGCUCAAGCUUCUCUUGCUAGCCAUUGAAGUGAAGAACGAAGACAACACAGACAGCAAGAUAGCAAUUAACCCUAAAGCUGUGAAGAUCCAACACAACACACAGGGCUUCUUCAUUGCCCAGUCAGCAGACGAGGUCAAAAGAGCUUGGUACUACUGCCGUGCCUGCCAUGAUGACAUCAAGGAUGAAACUCUCAUCAAGAAGUGCAAGUGCAAAAACUACCUUGGCAAUUUGCUGCAAGCGAGUGGCCUCAUGAAGAAUUUAAUGCCGAUGUUGGAUGGGCCUGAGAGCGAGGAUAAGUCCAAUAAUAACGCUGACAUCUACCAAGUCACUUACACCCCACCCAUGGCGCCCAAGCGGCCACCUAGUACCAACAGAGGCGACAAGGCUGGCCUCAAAGAUGGACUGGCCCACCAGCCCACCAGCAACAGCAGCACGCAGCCUCUGUUGAACGCUGCAAAAACGCUCGCUUCGAAAAAGAACGGCGGCCGAGCAGUCGAUGCUUCACCCAGCCAAGGAUACAACAGACUGACCGAAGAUACCACUUACAGCUACCAUCUUAGCUACGAAGUCAAAAAGCUCAUGUAUGAAUAUUCUACCAUCCCACGCACGCUAAACCAGGCAGCGAUGACGGUUCUGAACGGUCACGUGGUCGUAUGUCUGUUCGCGGACCCGGACUCUCCCCUCAUCGGUCUACGUAAUCUCGUGAUGCCGCUGCGGGCGUCUAACUUCCAUUAUCACGAACUGAAGCAUGUCGUCAUCGUCGGAUCCGUCGAUUAUAUCAGAAGAGAGUGGAAAAUGCUGCAGAACUUACCAAAAAUAUCAGUACUGAAUGGCUCGCCACUGAGCAGAGCAGACCUGCGUGCGGUUAACGUCAAUUUAUGCGACAUGUGCGUCAUCCUGAGCGCCAAAGUCCCGUCCAACGACGACCCCACGCUCGCCGACAAGGAGGCCAUCCUAGCUUCCCUACUGGACCGUAACCAGGCAGCGAUGACGGUUCUGAACGGUCACGUGGUCGUAUGUCUGUUCGCGGACCCGGACUCUCCCCUCAUCGGUCUACGUAAUCUCGUGAUGCCGCUGCGGGCGUCUAACUUCCAUUAUCACGAACUGAAGCAUGUCGUCAUCGUCGGAUCCAGUGAGUUGAAGACAGGGUCUAAUGGUGACACUAUCGGGGUCUUGUCCCAGAGUGAGUUGAAGACAGGGUCUAUUAGUGACGCCAUCAGGGUCUUCUCCCAGAGUGAGUUGAACACAGGGUCUAAUGGUGACACCAUCGGGGUCUUGUCCCAGAGUGAGUUGAAGACAGGGUCUAAUGGCUACACCAUCGGGGUCUUGUCCCAGAGUGAGUUGAAGACAGGGUCUAAUGGCUACACCAUCGGGGUCUUGUCCCAGAGUGAGUUGAAGACAGGGUCUAAUGGCUACACCAUCGGGGUCUUGUCCCAGAGUGAGUUGAAGACAGGGUCUAAUGGUUACACCAUCGGGGUCUUGUCCCAGAGUGAGUUGAAGACAGGGUCUAAUGGUGACACCAUCGGGGUCUUGUCCCAGAGUGAGUUGAAGACAGGGUCUAAUAGUGACACCAUCGGGGUCUUGUCCCAGAGUGAGUUGAACACAGGGUCUAAUGGUGACACCAUCGGGGUCUUGUCCCAGAGUGAGUUGAAGAAAGGUGACACCAUCGGGGUCUUGUCCCAGAAUCCAUCCGGCGACGCCGUCAGCCCGCUAGGAUCCCCCAUCGUGCUGCAGCGCCGGGGCUCCGUGUACGGCGCAAACGUGCCCAUGAUCACCGAACUCAUCAACGACAGCAACGUUCAGUUCCUCGACCAGGACGACGAUGAUGACCCAGACACGGAGCUCUACCUCACGCAGCCCUUCGCUUGCGGCACCGCCUUCGCCGUGUCGGUCCUCGACUCUCUCAUGUCCACGACAUACUUCAACCAGAACGCCUUGACGCUCAUCCGAUCACUCAUCACGGGGGGCGCUACGCCCGAGCUCGAGUUGAUCUUGGCUGAGGGGGCGGGACUACGCGGCGGAUACAGCACGCCAGAGACGCUAUCGAACAGAGACCGAUGCCGUGUAGGGCAAAUAUCUCUGUAUGACGGCCCCUUGGGGCAGUUCGGGGAGGGCGGCGUGUACGGGGAUCUCUUCACAUCCGCGCUCAGAAACUACGGCAUGCUCUGCAUCGGCUUGUACAGGUGUCUUCCUAUCAGAUUCCGCGAUACGUCUUCGUCUUGCGACGCUUCCUCGAAACGCUACGUCAUCACCAACCCUCCUGACGAUUUCACGCUCCUGCCAACAGACCAAGUGUUCGUUCUGAUGCAAUUCGACCCUGGCCUCGAGUACAAACCUAACAGGGGUGACCUCGUCAAAGAUGACAACUCCUGACUCUUGCUGUGCAAUGCUCUCACAGACGGGCCUUAUUCAUACAUUUGAUAACCUGUAAAGAGCCUCGCGUGAGACCCAACCCGCUCAUCUCCCCAACUUAAUCCAUCAUCCAGCAAGAGUCAGAUCGCUCGAAAAUUUCAGUUGAGGAAGAUUUGCCUCGUGACUUCUUCGUAUCUCACUUAUCUUGGUCUGCUCAAUCCUCCAGACAAACGAAGAACAUAAUGUUCUCUUCGUAUAUUCGAUCCUUGCCACGCUCGGUCUGCUCAACCUGCUCUUCCUCGGACUGAGCAGAACCAAUUGAAGUGUUUGGCGCUUCCUAGCUUACCCAGUAGACAUUGAGCAGAACUCUUAAUGAAGGGCCCUUCUUAGAGCUCAUUUCGAGUAGAUUCAAUCUGAUUUAAUGCACUGGACUCUUGCAGAAUUCCAUACUUAAAGGUUUGUGACUUUUUCAAUCGAAAGUGACGCACAUAUAUAGCAUCUAUUCCUAAUCCUAUGCACUUCACACUCGUUCAAUUUUCGUGAGGGCAAAAAGUGAUGAAUAAAAUGUAUGUGAAAGACAUUUAUGAAAGACUUGAUGGAAUUAACGCUGUUGGAUUUUUUAAAGUUGUGCCUUUUUGGCCGCCAUUUUGAAUAGGCAGAAAAAUAUCCAACUAGGGCAAAAAUAAUUGGAACAUUCAUGUGUGCAUGCUUUCAACGCCUGAUCAUGGAACUGUCAAGUUUCAAAGUCUCUUAAUCGUGAUAACAGAUUUCUACUCUCUCGUCUAACUCGGUCUUAUCCCAUGUACCGUCCUGUGCACAGUUCCUUUCGUUGAUAUAAUUCACCUGUGUGCGCAUAUCCUUUCUACCUAUAGAGUCACAAUUUGAUGAGUUAAUUAUCAACGAUGAACUUCAAUCAAAGCCUACAAGCUCCAAGACCUAGAAAUCAAUUUCUGUAAUGGAGGAAACAUUUCACUGCUUCCAAAUUAUUUCUAAUUUCUCGUUUUUCAUAUUAAUAGAUCUCCAUUUUGAUCUCCAUGCAAUGCCAUGCAAUUCAGCGGCUUACAAUAUCGGAACAUACAAAGUCGAGUUGAUUCUGCCUGUCUCAAGCUCGUAUAUAUGAAAAUUGUCACUCCACACAGUGCUCGAACGGGCUCCUUAGUGCCGAAUUUUCUACGUUUUUUUCCGUCAUGCUGUGAACUAGGGAACUUUGCGCAGAUAAGUUUGCAAGGGAGUAUUUCACAUUUUUUGCUUUGAAUUCAAACCAAUAAUUGAAUUUAAAAGCAGCAAAAUCUAUUUGAACUCUAAACAAGACAACUAACAGUUUGAGUAGCGACUUAAAACUAAGUGAACGAGCGCAAGAAAACAUGGAAUGAAUAAAUAUCGAGUGUGAUCAUUGUGCAAUUCUCGCAUGCGAUCGGAAAAUAAUAAUAUCCAUGGAAAAUAUCGAUAUUCUUGGAAAAUAUGAAUAUUCCUCAGAAAUCUUAUUAUUCAUGUAACGUACUAAUAUUCAGGACAUACAUAUAAAUAUUUAUAUCUUUUACGAGAGCUUACGCUCUCGAUGUGUCCAACAAGCCAACCUACACAACAUGUGGUGCAUGGAGCUCUGUAUAUUCUUUUAUAAAUUACUGAGCGUAUUCUGCCUGAAUAUUGCGAGUAUAUGAAUAUGCAUGAAAAUAUGAAAGUAAUUUUGUAUUAAAAGAUAAUUUUGAAGAUUUGUUAGACUAUUUAUACCUGCAAAACUUUGUUACAUUAUAAGACAUUCCUUUGAGCACAGUCAGUGGAUUCAUAAUCGCUUGUCGAAUAUUGUAAAUUAAUGUGAUACAUUAAUCGAAAAUACAGCUUCAUGGGAGAGGAAAAGAUGAUUUCUUUGUAUGAUUUUUGUAAUAGCUUGUUAUCAGUACAGCUGGGUGAGAUGAUGAAUGGUUUAAAUUUUAUUUAGCAUUUAAUGCUUUAGAAAAGAGAAGAGAAAUUUACUGAUAAGAUUAUUAAUGGAACUCGAAUGCAUAAAAAAUAGUUAAAUGAAUUGGCCCCAAUUACAUUCACAAGAUCAUCACCCGGAAGAACUUUGUAUUAACUUAAAGAAUAUGAAUAAUUACUCAUCAGGCUACAUGUGUGCACGAGAAAACCGACAUAGUUUAUACCAGGGUUGCCAGACGGCUUUUUUUUCCGAUUAAAUUUUAUAAACUGCAAAAAAUGCAAUUUUAUUUUACACCGGAUCCUAUAAGUAUACCAGAAUAUAUUAAAUUAUAGACCUUUUUUGGCCUUUUUCAUUCGCGGACUUG